UUCAGUUCAAUUAUGGACACGUCUUACGCUGAUGGCAAUGUUGUCAUCGUGCGUAGCCCCAGGAUUCAGUUGUUUGAAGGAUGUUCACCCAGGAAAUUGUACCUGCUAUCCCUUUGGUAAAGCACGACUUCGUGUCAAGUGCACUGGUAUAAUACAAGUACCCAGUAACUUGCCUGAAAAUACGGUGGUGCUGGAUCUUUCAAACAACCGUUUGAAAUCUAUACCGGAGGAAGCCUUCUCAAAUCUAAAAUUGCUUGCAAAAAUCGAUCUAUCGCGAAACAAGUUAAGGGCAAUUCCGAAGAACACUUUCCGAAAUCUGACGGCUUUGUCUAACGUAAUUAUCAACCAGAACAACCUCAAAGGUGGAUUUUUCCUUCCUAAAAGCGUAUUAAAACUACAGAUAGAUUCCAACGACCUAACGUUGGACGACAUGAAAGAGAUUUUGCAAAAUUCUAAGGAUAUCACUUUCCUAAGCAUUUCAGAAAAUCCCCUUGGACCUAACUUAACUGCAGACAUUUUCGCUGGUUUUGACAGGAUCAUGUAUUUGUAA